CGUGCUUCAAUCUUGUCCGCGACCCUCAUCCCCGUGUUCGUUGUCCCAUCUCUAGAAAGCCUAGAAGUCCGUGUUAUAGUUGAGAUUGAUUAUGGGCUACACCGUGUUUGGUUAUGGCUCCCUGAUCUUCAAGCCCCCGCCCCAUGUCAUCAGUCAAACACCUGGCUUCCUGAAGGGCUACGUCCGCCGUUUCGCGCAGGAAUCGCAUGAUCAUCGCGGGACGGAGGAGCAUCCCGGCCGCGUCGUUACGCUCAUACACAAGAAGGAAUGGGACUCAUUCUCCAGCAAGGACGCCUUUCCGGAUGAAGACGUAGUCUGGGGCAUCGCGUACACUAUAGACCCGGCGUACGAGUCCGAGGUCAGAGAUUACCUGGACUAUAGAGAGAAGGAUGGCUACACUCUAGAGACCAUCGACAUCUAUGGCAUUGUUGACGGGAAGGAGGAGGUCAUAAUACCGAAUGCAUACUGCUACGUCGGCCGCAAUGACAAUCCGUCGUUCGUCGGGUCCGAACCACUAGACGACCUCGCGCAUCGCAUAUACACGUCCGUGGGCCCCUCAGGACCGAAUAAGGAAUACCUCUAUCGUCUGGCCGACGCCGUCCGGGAGUUAUCGCCCAGCUCGCAUGAUUCGCAUCUGUUUGUGCUGGAGGACAAGGUCAAGGCGCUAGAACGUGGCGAAAGCGCUUCUACCAUACCUGUGUAGUGAUAGAUGGAUGAUAUAAAGACUCUCCGUCGCGCUUGUUCA